CUGUCAAGAAUCUUCUCGAUUCGAUUAUUUCAUUCAUUCUUGGUGUUGUUUGUUUUGAAUAUUUUUGAUUGUGUUCUCAUCUUAAUAAAUAAAUUAUAAAUAUUUCAAGGUAUAACACAGUUCUUCGAAAUAAUUUAUAGAACUGCAAAAGCACACAAAUAUAUCCAAAUACAACAACAACAAUGAUCAUCCCGGUCAGAUGUUUCACCUGUGGCAAGGUGAUUGGAAACAAGUGGGAAACUUAUUUGGGGCUUCUGCAAGCAGAAUAUACUGAAGGUGAUGCCCUGGAUGCCCUCGGUCUGAAACGGUACUGCUGCAGGAGAAUGCUUCUUGGACAUGUAGACCUCAUUGAGAAACUGCUCAACUACGCACCAUUGGAGAAGUAAAUGUAAAUUAUGUCCUUUUAGGGUAAAUUAUGUGAUAUAUUCAUUUCCAUUUUAUCAAAAAAGUUUGCACAUAUAUUUUUUUUAAUCAUUUUUUUUUUACUGAGAGAGUGUUAAAAAUUGAUAAAAGAUAUGGCCAGUAUUUUUAAUUUUUUUUUCUUCUGACUCAUUCGAUUUGAUUGCCGAAAAGUAGUGACUAACUUUGGUUUUAUAUUGUUUAACUAUCUGAGCUAAUUACAUCUAAGGGUUACUAUAAUUGUUUAAUUUUCAAAUAAUAAUAGAUGAUAGUGGAACUGAAAUCCUAUAACUAAGUAUAAAAUUAAUUUAAUAAAAUAGUUUCCAACUAUUAUC